GUCAACUCGAGAAUUUCAAGGCAUUUGUGUUUCAAUAAACUGGAUGUUUUUAAAUGAACAAUUAACUAAUAAAUAGUACAAAAUAGCUUGGUGUGAUAAAGGACACGAAGAGCAUUCUAUGGAUUUUAUACACAACAACUGAGUAAUAUCAAAGCCAAAACAUUAGUUUGCGGCAAAAUGUUAAAGCAGAAAGACGCGUAGAAAAUAAACGGAUUGCAAAUAAUUUAGAACAAAUUAACAUAAGGAAAACCAGUACUACAGCAAUGGGAACUUUGUCACUGACCGAUUUCCAAGCCGUGAAGAUUCCCGUGCCCUGGGGUCACAUUUCUGGACGUUGGUACGGAAAUCGGAAGGAGCGACCCAUCUUGGCGAUUCAUGGAUGGCUGGACAACCUGGGAACCUUCGAUCGGCUGAUUCCUCUGCUCCCUGACUAUUUAGGAGUACUCUGCAUCGAUCUACCAGGACAUGGAAGGUCCUCCCACUUUCCACCGGGAGUGUCCUACAGUGUUUACGAGUUCGUGUUCACAAUUCCACUGGUGAUGAAGGAGUACGGAUGGUCAAAGGUCUCCCUUAUUGGACACUCACUGGGCGGAGUCCUGAGCUUCAUUUACGCCUCCCUAGCUCCUCACACCGUCGAUAUGAUCGUCUUCCUGGACAUACUACUCCCCUUGAGAAACGAGAUAGACUACAUGGGCAAGAGCAUAGAGAAACAACUAGUGAAUGUUGAGCGACAGAAGCUGGGAAAUUAUAGCGAGCCACCCUCCUACACCCACACCCAGUUGGGAAAGGUGCUGGCCAAGGGAAGCUUCAACUCCGUAUCCCCCGACCUGGCCAAGCACCUGCUCCACCGCCAGUUGACCAAGUCGAAACUGUACCCCGAACGGUUCUACUUCUCGAGGGAUAUUCGAGUAAAGAACUACCACUACAUAGACAUUGACGAUGGUCUUGCAGCAGAAAUGGCGAGACGGAUCAUCAAGAAGCCAUAUCUAAUCAUCAAAGGCACCUUGUCACCUUGUCUCUCUGCCCGCUGCAACGAGUCUAUAUCGAUUUUGGCGAAGGAUAACCCGCACUUUGAGUUCUACGAGGUGAAGGGUACCCAUCACGUUCAUCUUCAUGCCGCCGAGGAAUGCGCCAGUUACAUUGUGCCCUUCAUCCAACACCACAGACCUCCUGCCCUGACCUCCUGGGCGGUAACCGCAAAGGAUGAUAGAUCGAGGAAUCCAAGGGGAUUUUUCACAUGGACCAAGAAAAAACGCAGCAAGUUGUGAUAGUAAUACGUCUUUCUAUUGCUGAGCUGGUACUUGACAUCUCUUUAAGUCUAUUAGAGGGUAAAUCUUUUGUGAUUUUUUAAUGCAACCUUACAAGUAUUUGUUUUCAAACUAGCACAUUAAACCAUACACAUAUAUACAAACAGU